AUGGGUUUUGUUAGUCUGUACUCUCAGGAUAACAAGCCAGAGGAAUGUUCAGUGUGUUUUAACGAUUAUGAUGACAAUCAGCUACGACCUCGCACACUGCCAUGUGGCCACACAUUCUGCUCCCAGUGUAUUGACAAUGCUAUCAAGAAUGGUCAGCUGACCUGCCCCAGCUGCCGUGCCGAGCACGCUGCCACAGCAGCUACUCAGUUCCCAAUUAGCUAUGCUGUGGAGGCUUUUGUUAGGAAACUCAAAAAUAUUCAGCUAACAACUGAGGAAGUAGUGCAAGCAAAACCUUAUGAAGGUCCCACCAGAGGCAUCAGUAAGACAUUACGUUCCCUGGUGCAGGAGCAGAAGAGCAUCAUCAGCAGCCUCAUUACUAGCUGUGAAGAGGAGGUUGGCACAACCAUAGACACAGCUGAUGGGUGCAAGAUGAAGGUAGAAAAUUGGCUCAAGAAGUGCCAGGAACUCUUCCCAGAUGUCAACACUGUCCACACCUCGGUGAAGAGAUCAGUAACCAAAGAAAAUGUACGGAGCAAGAUGGCGGGCAAGCGAGCGAGUGACGUCAUCACAACAAAAGCCAAGCUGCUACACGAGGUGUAG